CUCCUUUCAUGAGAUGGUACUCUGCAUUGACUCCAACACUGUACAUUGAUGCGGAGUGGACACUUUUUGUGCUACAUCUUUUGUUUGUUUUUGAGAGGUAUAUUUUUCAAAUGCAUACAUCAAGUGCAUGUGGAGAGAAUGCAGUGGAAGCCUUGCAAAACAUCGCCGUCAUACCACAAGCUGCUGCUGCUAGCAAGUAGCUGGCGCAGCACUCCACUGUGUUGAGUCAACGUCGCAUCUGCGAGGCAGCAGCGGCAUCACCACCGAGACAGAUGCGAUGACACAGACGCCGCACCAGCAGCCGACGUCUUCGGACUGACACCCGGGGCUUUGGAUUUAAGUGUUUCCAGUGUGUCGUGUGUUUUAUUGGACAUUUGUUUGUUUUGUUUUUUUUUAAAAAGCUAAUAGUCGCUGUUGAUUUCGAUCUAACUUGCUGCAAGCUAGCGUUAGCGCGCUGCUGCUAACCCUUCAGGCGUCGUCGAAGUGGCCGCACAAACAUGUGGAUCAUCGUGGAGGAGACCCCCGGGACGACUUUAAACGCUUUCCGCUGGUCUCGAGUUUCGACCGGACGCUGACUGGACCCCACCGAGUCUCUGCGGAGGAGAAAGAGUGACACAUCUCCAGGACCAGAUUGCCCACUGGACUUGCCUCUCCAGACAGACAGACAGACAGACAGCCUGGGACCAUGCUGACCUUCCUUGCUGCUGGCUCAGUUUUCUUUCCGGGCCUCUUCCUUCUGUCCAAGCAGUGCCUAAAGUCCAUCCCGGCGCUGCGAUGGAGCGAGGGCGACGCUGUCAUCGUGUCGGCCAGGUUGGUGUCGUCGGUUCAGGCGGUUAUGGCUUCUUCAGCUGGAUAUAUUAUUGCUUCUUCCUGCGAUGACAUCAUCGAGGACCAGCACUGGCUGACCAGCACAUACAUCAUGUUCGCCGUCCCCUACUUUGUGUACGACAUCUACGCCAUGUUCAUGUGCUACUGGUACAAGCUGAGGGUCAAAGGGCACGAGGAGGCCUUGCCGGCACCCCAGCACAUGGCCUCUGCACUCACCAGCUACCUGCGCCGCGAGUUCCUCAUGGUGCUGCAUCAUGUCGUCAUGGUUACCGUCUGCUUCCCUGUUUCUGUGUUUGUGCGUCAAGGAAAGGGAGAUUAUUUCCAGGGCAUAAUGUUUAUGGCUGAGCUCAGCACUCCAUCCGUCUGCUUAGGAAAAAUACUCAUUCAGUAUAAACAGCAACACACUCUCCUGCACAAAGUGAAUGGGGCUCUUAUGCUGAUCACUUUUUUCAUCUGUCGAGUCCUCCUCUUCCCUUACCUCUACUACGUCUAUGGAAGGUACGCGUCCAUUCCGUUCCACUUGGUCCCCCUGUCGGUGCCCUGGCACUGUAACCUCGGGGCUGCCCUGCUCAUGGCCCCCCAGCUAUAUUGGUUCUCCCUCAUUUGCAGAGGCGCUCUGCGACUCUUCACAGGCUCCUCACGCUCCCGGAGACCUCGCACCAGCGCAGCCACGACUGACGGCGGCACAGGAGGCCCCCAGCCGGCCAACGGCUACAGCGCACGCUCCACAGAACCCGAGCUGGCCACUCACUGAGAAGAGUGGUGGCCGGCGGGUGGAGGCGGGAGUAGAUGCGAAUGUACCAAUGUCACGGAAAGAGGUAGCAAUAUGGUGGAGGUGAAAAGCUACAGACGAUGGCCUCAAAUAGCGCUGGAGUCUUUGCAGGCGUCUCCCAAUGACCUUUAGGUUUGCUGGCCUUCAAGGACUCCAGCUUUGUAGGAAACGUUUAAUGAUGUCAUCAGGCACUGUAAGAGGAAGGAGAGGAUCUAGCCUGGAUCUUUUGCAAGCAUACAGUAGGUGACCAUUUCCUUCAUUGUAGAUCAAAACUCUGACCUCUCAGGACGAGCAGGUCCAUAGGAAUGUAUUAUAUUGUAUGUUAGAACAUUUUUGCUGUAGACGGAAGGCCAAACUCACGUUUAGAAGAAAGCGAAAAAAAGGGAAAAAAAAUCCUGGCUUAGCAGUAUUUCAACUUGUUAGUGUUUCUCCGUAUCCUCUAUGUAGUCACUGUCACAACAUGUAAGCAACCUGCAGACUGAGAUCAUCUCAUAAGACUCUAUUCUGCUGCCUUAUCCCCCUUUUUCCACAUUUUCAUCCUCACAGGUGAAGGAAACCGAUGUGACGGGUGUACAUAGCCCAUGUAAAGUCCUUUUCAUGUCAGUAUUAAUAUUUCUUUUAUGUGUCUCUUAUUUUUCAUCUAAUGUUCCUACAGAUCAUUCAAUGAAACCUCACCUCAGUUUAGUUUACACAAACUACUCCUUGUGCAGCUAAGUGUAGAUAUGAUUUCAUUCCAUUUAGUGGUAACACACUUAAAGGAAUUUCCAUGGAUGUUUUAGCUCCACCGAAUAUGUGUUCUAUUAGCCAUCAUGUUUCACAGAAGGUACAGGAUUUUCGCGACUAUAAGGCGCACCGUAUUAAAAGGCAUCGUCUCAGUUACAGGUGCUAUUUCUGUAUUUAACACAUAGAUAAGGCGCACCGUAUUAUUGGGCGCAGGCAUGAUAAAACAUAAGCCAGCAUGCAUGCUAGCAUAUGUUUUUAAAAAGGCAGCGGGAGCAAAACUGAGUUUGGUUGUACUUUAUUGAAGUAUUUAACAAUGUACUCACGUUAUUUUUGAUUAAUCCUCAUCCACACAUCCAUCAAAGUCCUCAUCUUUUGUAUCCCAAAUGAAGAGCGGGGCAAGUCCUCCAUCAAACACACCAGGUUCCCUUUCGUCAUUGUCAGAGUCAGCCUCGUUGCCGUGCGGCUCCAGCUUUAUCUUCUUGACUUGGCAAAGCUCAUUUUCCUGCUUCCUCCACUUGCGAGACUAUGGAUUCGUUGAUCUUGAAUUAUCUCGCGGUUGCUCGAUUGCCAUGUUCCUCCGUGUAACUGAUAGCUUGCAGUUUAAACUGUGCUUCGUAAGCGUGUCUCUUUGUAGGUGCCAUUUUCGGAGGUCCUUAGCCAAACCGAUGUUGUUUUGCACAAUGCACAUACCGGCACUACAGUAUAUACGUACCUACUGGGGGUGUGCCUUUAGCGUCCUCUUUCACGCACACCCUUCCCCCUUUAACGUCCGCAUGCUGUUCUCAGUCACGUCCACCUUUCCUCUAUAUAAGCAGCGUGUCAGCAGGAAAUGCUCCCAGUCAGUCAAGCGGAGCGCUCAUCAAAGUCACACAACAUUUACAGAUUUUAAAACUCGGUGCACACAUAAGGCGUGCCGCAUUAUAAGGCGCCCCGUCCAUUUUGGAGAAAAUUGAAGACUUUUAAGUGCGCCCCAUGGUCGUGAAAAUAGGGUACUUUUCAAAGCAUUGUUCAGGGCAUUAUCGAGGGACUUGCAAUGUUGCCAUAUUUGAAGGGAAAAUAGUGUUGUGGGAUUGGGAUUCACCAUGUACAUUUUUUUUUUUUUUUUUUAAAGACCUUUUACAUUGUGCAAAUAGCGCCACAGGUUCUAUGAACCGUCUUUGUGGACAAGCCAGCCGGGUUUGUCUGUUUUGUCUUUGUUUUAAAGCAGCAGCUGCACUCUCUGUGGAAAUGGGUCAAAGGAGAAAAAAAGAUCAAAAAUAAGAAACCAAGACCCGAGCAGUGUGUGUGUGUGUGUGUGUGUGUGUGUGUGCGCCAAAACAUCUGGUCAACUAACUGUGGGCAUGUCAACACAGAGUAAAAUACCCCCCCCCUCCCCGGCCACUGCUUCCCGACAAGAACAUUUCAACCAAUGUACUGUAUAUUCCAUCAAAUGCUUGUUAUUUAUUUGUAAGUAUUUAUUUAUUUAUUUAUUUGGGUUUGUGGUUCUGAAUGCAUAUUUAUGCAUCCAUACUAUACUCUAUGCUUCUGAGCCUUAUGUGAAGGCUGCAAUGUUACUCAAACUUAUCUGAAAUAUACUUCUCUGUCCUCAUUCUGUGUCAUUCUUUUGUUUUUCUUUUUCAUUGACAUGUUAGUGGUGUGUUAUGUAUCAGGUUCCACAGGAGGCCGCUAGAGGGCGAUCAUUGCUGAGAAA